GAAUGAACGAAGGAGGCCGAUGAAGGAGAAGGAGGAGAUGCAGAAGGAGGAGCAGAAGACGGCGACGACGACAUCAGCAUCGACGACGACGACGACGAAGACGCCACAGACGGAGACGAAGACGAAGACGUUCGUGGCGGUGGCUACAAGCAGGGACGGGGAAGGGGCCAAAUCAUCAAGACUGUAGGCAGGGAGAGAGGGAGAGAGAGAGAGAGAGAGAGCGAGAGCGAGAGGUUAGAACGAUGAGCAGGCUCACGAAGCCGAUCAUGUACAUGACGUCGGGGUCUCGGGGGCUCCGUGGCUGGGGUUAGAGAAUGGAGCAUUGCUACCGCUGCACUUUCUUCUUGGAGGAGGAGACAAAAAACGGGACCCGCUCUCCCUACGAUCAGUCGUGUAGUAGUUGUUGGUGCUGUAGUAGUAGUUUAGUUGUUGCUUGCAGUAUUACCGUUCGUGAGUGGCGGGGUGCUGUGUGGUAAUGAGAUGCGCCAGCCGAUGUCAUGGUGAGGGGUCUGAGUGGUCGUCUUCGUACCGUGGAGUGUAGUGGAGCGGUGCGGUGGUGGUGGUGCGGCGCAGGUUUGAAGUGGGAGUUGGAGUAGUGUGCGUUGUGUUUUUUUGUUCUUGAUGUUUUAGCUGUUGAAUAAUCGGCUUUUUUUUUUUUUUUUUUUUUUUUUUUUUUUCUCUCUUCCGCUGCAUCCUCCUCUUCUCUUUCUUCUCUGUGUAGCGGAGUUGCGUGGAGUGGAGUUAGGAGGACAAGUUAAGCCUCGGGGCGGUGCAUUUCAUCCUGCCUGCAGGUUACAGGCAAUGGGAGGAGCGAAGUUGUUAGGGGCAUUGUUGCGUAGUUGUUUUCGUUUUACGGAACUAUUUUUCUAAUCCAAGGGUGCGAGGUCGUGAGAAUUAUAUUUGGUUUCUCAGGCAGUGAUAUGGUGGGAAGAGGACUUUGACUAGAGUCAAGAGCCAGUGCCAUGGCUCAAAGAGUGCGAAACGGGAAAUGUUCAGUGGAGGUUGUUAAAGUAUUUAACACAAUUGUGUCGCUGUUGCAAUCACGUAAGGAACGCCGAGAGGAUGUGGUGCAAUACAGACGUGCGAGGAACAGUGUGUGGACGUGAGAUGUGCCACUGCGCGAAGACUUGAUUCUGGUUUUUUGGAAUAGAUAGAGCUUGGUUCCUUGGGUCCCUGCCGCUGGCGCUCUGCCUUUGCACGGCGUACACUUUCUGCAAAUUAGGAAGCUACGAGGCUGAUGAUAGGAGAGUUUCUGGUGAUUUUGGAGCUGUUUUGGUGGAGGUGACCAAGGCAUCGAUAAUGGAUAUGUCUUCGGACGUUGGUUUGGACGGGGGAGCUCUUAAAAAAGGUCCAUGGACAUCUGCUGAAGAUUCGAUUCUAAUUUCAUAUGUGACAAAGCAUGGAGAGGGUAACUGGAAUUCCGUGCAAAAACACUCUGGUUUGUUCCGCUGUGGCAAAAGCUGCCGACUCCGCUGGGCCAACCACUUGCGCCCAAACCUCAAGAAAGGUGCCUUCACUCCAGAGGAAGAGCGCAUCAUCGUCGAGCUCCACGCCAAGAUCGGCAACAAGUGGGCGCGCAUGGCUGCUCAACUUCCUGGACGAACCGACAAUGAGAUCAAGAAUUAUUGGAACACUCGGAUAAAGCGUAGAAUGCGAGCAGGGUUGCCAGUAUACCCUGCAGAUAAGUCUAAAUCCAGCCCUACUCAAUACUAUGUGGAGCCGUCAGAUGGAAGAAGCUUCAUAUCCGGAAAGGAUGCAGAUUGUGAUUUUACUUCGAGCUUCGCGCAACCAGUCUUUUCGGUGGUUGCAGGUGAUCAUCUACAUAACCUUCACGUGAGCAAUCCACGUGACAGUCGUUUGAUGAGAAAUUGUUUCUCUAUAACUUCCAUGAGCGAGCUUGCACCAAGCGCUACAACAAAUCAAGGGACCAACCAUGUAUUGAACAAGAGCAUGGGUAAUCCCUUCGAACAAACUGAAGUCUUCAGGAACAGCCAGCACGGGAGGAGUGACGUCGGCAACGGAUGUGUCUCUUUCGCACAGCUCGCUGAUGGAGGAAACUUGAAUUUUCAACCAGAUUUCAAUUCAUCCAGCCAAGCUUGCGACCGAGGCAUCACGACAAGAGUUGUUUUGCCAGGAUUUGGAAAUGAAUCUGAACGGAACAUGAUGCUCUAUGAUCGAAUAUCUGCCUUCGGAAACCUGAAUUUUCUUUACAAACCUCCAGUGUCAAAUGCCAGCUUGAAACUUGAGCUCCCUUCAUGCCAAUCUGCGGAGUCUGCCGAUAGUGUGGGCACGCAACGGUCUUCGAUUACCAAUCCAAGCCCUCUGAUACCGUCCAACAACAUUUUAUCAGAAGCUGAGAGCUAUGGCUCUAAUGCAAGCAACUUUCUUGAUGCCUUAAUGCAGGAUGCACAUCCCUCGGAAGAGCUUGAGCAGGUUCGUUUGAGCAUGGACCUUAUUGAACAGCUGAUGGUUCACUCAUCCGGAAACAUAAAUCCAGAUGUCGCAUCUCUACUUUUGAGCCCUCAAAAGAGUAGAUGGGGCAAGGAUAGUGAUCCAACUACACCACUAGCGGGUCGGACCUUUUCUGAUCACAGUGAAGAAGCGUCACCAAUGUGCCAAACUGGUAACUGGGACGGACCACAAGCCAGCGCGAUGCACUCAUUUCAAUGUGCUCCACAAUCAGGUGCACCAAGAACUGAAGCUAACAUGAGAGAGGGACUCCGUGGAGGGAUACAACAGGCCUGCACUGAUGAAGAUUUUCUAACUCUGUUGGACUUAGCAAAUUCUGACCCAGUUUCUGAAUGGUAUUCUCCAGCAGAAUGUUUUUCUGCUGGAGGCCUUCCGUGCGCUCCUGUUCCGUGUGCUCCGCAUGUUGAUAACUUGGUUCCUAUACCAAACUUUCAGAUAAAUGGAGGGUUGAACAGCCAGUCCAGUAAUCAGAGUAUCCCAAAUUACGUUUGGGAGUUUGGUAUGGGCACUUGGAAUGCUGCAUCGGUUGGUUGUCAUCUAGGAGAAUUCUCGUCUGUUGAGUACAGGCCCUAAGCCUCACUUGGAGAUCAAAAACUUGAUCGCCGUGCUACAUGUUGAAGGGAUCAUUUUUCCAUCGGAGUCUCUAGCGCAUGUUCAAGGGUGACAUAUUUUUGGUUUGCUAGUCGCUGUACAUUGUUUGCCAUGCUAGUUAUGUCCUUCAUCAGAACCUGACAGCUGAGAUCGUGCUGACGGAAAGUCGAUUGUCUGUCCUUGCUACUUCUCUGGCGUUGCGUAGUACAAUAUUUUUGAUUGUCAGCGCGUUUGCAGCUCAGGAUGAACCACUAAGUUCAGAAGAGGCUUUAUGUCGUGUCCAUCCCGUUUUCAAUAUGUCCGUUUUUCCGUCUAUAUGUGUCUUUCGUUUGUGUACUGGCUUUUGUAAUUUCCACUCUUGCAGCUGCUUGCCUGGAAAGUAUCGUAUCACUUACUGUGCUAUACUUCAGGAAGUCGGAAUAAGUGCACUGGCUUCUUGUUAUACAUUUUGAAUAAAAGGCUAGCUAUUCCCAA